UGCCCUCUCCUACCCUGACGUCAAAGAACAGAUCACAAGCAAGAUUAGGGUUUUUCAUUUCUCUUAUUGCAGCAAUUAGCCUGGGACUGUAUAAAAGGGCUACAGAAUGGGAGGGAGACAGCGGGAAAAUCUGGGGACAUAAAGAGAUAGCUCAGAAACACAGAGAGCCAGAGGGAGGAAGAGAGGGGAAAGAGUGGAAUUCACCUCGUAUUUCUAGCUUAAGAGAAACUUUUUCUAACUUGCAAUAAAGAAAUGAGCUGAACUUUGAAAUCCCCUGCUCAGCUGCAGUCAGCCUAAUUUCUCUCAGAAAGCAGGAGCACUAAAUACUGCAGACACCUGUUUUUUUGUUUUGCUUUUAAGCUCAGUUUGAUGAUUUCUUAUUUUUAGCACCUUGCACUUCCACUCCUUUGGUGCAGGAAAACAAAAAAACAGAAAUUACUUAUUUCUAAAGGCUUGGGUUUUCCCCCCCAUUAUUUUUUUUAACAGAGUUAAUGAGGGAUAUAGUGGCAGGUAGCGUUGCAGGUUGAGGGGGAUUUCUGGGAAGACAUUAUGGGGCUUCUGAGUGUGGACUUGUUAAUCACACUCCAGAUUUUGCCAGGGUUCUUCUCUAACUGCCUUUUCUUGGCUCUGUACGAUUCUGUUGUGUUGGUAAAACACGUGCUCCUGCAACUAAAUCGUUCCAAAUCCAGCCAGAGUCAAUGGCGACGGAUGCUCACCCCUGAAGGGCUGCGCUGCGUCUGGAAAAGUUUCCUAUUGGAUGCCUACAAACAGGUGAAGCUGGGCGGAGAUGCUCCAAAUUCCAAUGUCGUCCAUGUAACAAGUAGAAGGAAAUGUAAAACACUUGGAGGGCAGUGUCAUCUGCUAGACUUUGCAAGUUCGGAGCGCCCCCUAGUUGUCAACUUUGGGUCGGCCACCUGACCCCCAUUCAUAAGCCAGCUGCCAGCAUUCAGCAAACUGGUGGAGGAGUUCUCUGAUGUGGCUGACUUUCUGUUGGUAUACAUUGAUGAGGCUCAUCCCUCGGAUGGCUGGGCUGCUCCUGACACACCCUCCUAUGAAGUGAAGAAGCACAGAAACCAAGAAGAUCGAUGUGCAGCUGCCAGCAAGCUCCUACAACAUUUCUCUAUCCCCCCUCAAUGUCAGAUCGUUGCUGACUGCAUGGAUAAUAAUGCCAAUGUGGCAUAUGGCGUAUCCUUUGAAAGGGUGUGCAUUGUACAGAAGCAAAAGAUUGUGUAUCUGGGGGGUAAAGGGCCAUUCUUCUAUAACCUCCAGGAAGUCCGAAGAUGGCUGGACCUCACUUUUGGAAAGAGAUGAAAGGUAGUUGGAUAAACUGCCAUUAGUUUCUGGAGAAAAGACUGCAAAGGGAGGAAUAUCACAUUGAGCCAGUGUAUAUUUAGUUCUAAGGAUAUGUCGGACAUCAUGAAGUCCUGUGCAAAAAGCAUUUGCAAUGUACAUACUAGACGCAGUUGAUAUGACCAAAACACAGACAGUUAACUUCAGGAAUCCACAAUCCAUAUGUGUGAAAUGUAUUUUACUGUGAACUCUCUGCUCAGUCAGAAUCCAAACAAUUCUGCCAAGGCUUCACUAACUUCUAACAUCAAACAACAGCAAUAGAAAAGAAAGAAACAAACAAACAAACAGAAAAACAAUGAUCAGACUCCAAACAGGGUUUUAGAGUAAAGAUUUGUAAAAAGAGAAAGGGUUUAUUUUACAAAGAGGAAGAAGGGAAAUUUAGAAUAUGUCAGUUUACAAAAACAAGCAAAGAGAAGCUGGUACAGACAUCACUGCUUAUCACUCAAGUUAUUAUUCCCGCAAAGAGAUUGUAUGCAAAAGUAGAGUUUAUUCCCGCAAAGAAAGACGAGGAAGUAGUAGGGAGGAACAAAAUUUUCUGUGCAUUUAAUGAUUUUUUUUAUUUUUAUUUUUACUGAUCAGGUGUCGCAGAUUAUAGUUUUCAGGGGGUUAUGUUUAAACAUAAUUUAUUUUGCUACAACAACUUUCUUUAUGUACAUGGAUGAAAAUCCAGAUAACGACAUUGUUACCUCAAUAGGGGAUACAACCGCAUCAAAACACUCAAUGCUUUCUGCUCUCCAAGAAGAGAUGUUCUAGGGAUUGCUACAUGGGUAAGAGGGAGACAGAUUAUUGUUCAUAUCCUCAGAGCGCAGAGCCUAGAGAAGCAUUUAUAUAGCCAUAAAUAGCUUUCUAUACAAUACUUGUUCCCACACUCUGAGAACUUCCGUACCAAUUAGAAUCAUGCUUGAGGCACAUAUCUGACAGAAGAGGUAAAAAAAUGUGAAAAUCCAUUCUCAGAUUUUAAAAAUAUAAAGACUGAUACACUACUUAUUGCCCCGAGGCAACAACAGUGUAAAAGUCUGUAGGAAUACUACAUAGAUCAGAAUUAUGGUGUCUGCUUACAUACGUACACAUAUUGCUCUUCACUGACAAUAACAUAAUGCUUACAACGAAAUUCUCUCAAAAGCUUUUACAUGGGGCCUGGAAGGUGACAAUCUAAAGGAGUGCCUUACUAAAUAUGCAAUACAUUUCUAACAAUUAAAUAGUAUUCAGAUGCAUAGCAGUGAGCUGUUAAAAAUUCACAAAAACAGCAAUUUUUCUGCUGAAUUAAAAAAAAAAAAAUGCUACAGUAACAGUUUGCAAACAGGCAACCCCCUAAACAUUCAGACAUAUUUGGGCUGAGGAUAAUUUGAUAAAAUUGCUUCAAAGAGUGGGUGGUUAACUUUGCCAUAAUAAAAUACAGGAUAGAUGGGUGGUAAUUGAAAUUAAUAGAUUAAUUUAGUUGCACAUUGGAUAGUAAGGCGAAUUUUGGACGUUCAAAAUACUAACCUCUAAAUCCAAACAGGUAGUGCUACAAGGAGCUGGCCACACUGAAGACUCAUUUUCAGAAUAGGACCAGGCCAUCCAGUGCCUAAUAGAAUUGGCAAUUUUGAUGCUUAUUACCAGAAGAGAUAUACCGUUACUACAAUAAGCUAAUUGGCAAACAUUGCUUCUUUCAGCCACUCUUAAAGAGCUUAUAACCCACAGAGGCUUUAUCUCAUGAUUCUACAAAUGUCCUGCCACAUCUCCUGGAAAAGCUCAUUAUGCAGUCUAAUUGCAGCAUCUGUCUAGAACUCAUGAUUGGGAAACAAAAGGCCACAAUACAACAUAACCUCAGAAAUCUGCUCUUUCAUAAAGAUAUUGAUAUACAAAAAAAAACAUCCAAUAUUUGAUUAAAGAUCAAGUAGAAUCAGAUAGCUUUAAAUGCCCUACAAUCGACUGCAUUUAACUUACCUACUUCUACUCCCAAUAUAGCAGUAACCGAUAUCAGUUAAAAACAACAACUAUUAACUAGCGUAUCUAUACCACACAAAAUCAUUUGCUCCUUAUGGUUCUUAAGUGAAAAUGAUAACUAUUUUCAUAUUAUUAGACCAAGCAAAUAACAUGCCAAUGCUGGGUAUUAGAACUUGCUGAGAGAUAGUAUGUGAUCUAUUAGAUAUGUUCUAAUGAGUAUCCAGGAGUAGUUAUGGUAGGUGUGAUGUACCUUUAAAUAUGUUGUUCCUAAAUUUAAAGGUACAUCACACCUACCAUAACUACUCCUGGAUACUGAUUGGAACAUAUCUAAUACCUACUUUGUGUCUUGCACUCUGGGCUUUUUAGUGGAAGCCCUUUUAUUGCAGUAGAAUAGUACCCUCCAACAUACUAUUUUGCUCUAAAUCUGAGAAUUUAAUUCUCAAACCAUAUCCAGUAUUUGAUCUAUAUUUUGAUAUUUUUUUCUAAAUAUGGGUAUGUUAAAGAGAGCUGCAAUAAUUCUCUUCAGACAAGAAAAGGUUACUCUAAACACCAUAAGAACUUGAGUAACCAGAAGUGGUUAUAGCGCAUGGCAAAUGCAGCACUGAACUGCUAAUUUUUGACACAUUUGUCUUUUGUUUCCUGGGCACAGCUCAGCUCCCACCAAUCGGCCAACAAAUAACUUUGCUUCCAGGCUACCUAUGCCAUCCAAGUGUUGUAGGGAGUGUCGGCUUGGUCACAACUUGGGCCAAGCACUCUCUCUUAUCUCAGGAGAGAGAACCAAGCUGCAGACAAUGGCUAUGCCAAAAGUUGCAUAUAACCCAGUUCACCACUUUUUCUGUGGUAGGACUGCUAUCAGUUGACAGAGCAGAGCAAUAAUAUCUAAUCCUACACAAAACUACUUAUACCAGGGGUGAUCAAAAGGUAGAUUUCCAGAUGUUUUAAUAAUGACAACUUCUAUGAUGUUUGCCAUUGUAAUAGCAUUCCGAAUGCAUGUGAAGCAUCAUGGGAGUUGUAGUUUUACAACAUCUACCUUUUGGGAACCCCUGACAUACCAUAAAGCCUGAUGUGCAGGAGUUCAUGAUAUAGAUUUUCUUCCUGGUGUGGAAAGGGACUGCCUACAGACAGAACCAUUAUUCAGUGAACCAGGGGAAAGUUUUAAGGUAUGUGCCUUUUUGACAUUAUAUUGAAUGCAUUAUCUUUAUAUUGCUUUCAGCAAGUUCCCCUUUAGCAAGCAAAUGUCAAAAUCCUCAGAAGUGUUGCUUACAAUGUAAAACAACAAAUACAAUCAAACAAGAACAGCAGAUUUAAUUGUACCAUGAUAAGAUGCUGUAUGUUCUGUGCCUAAAGCUGCAAAUACAAUUUUAACCAUCUAGAAACUAGGUCUCUAGUAGAGAUUUGUCACAUGAUUCAGUGGAGCAGAAUUCUCAAGGUGACAAAUUACAAUUCUGAAUGCAGAAAACAAACUUCCAUCUUCUGACCGUUAUUGACAAACUGUAACAAUAUAUUAUGUACUGUAUUGAUAUCCUGUCGUACUGUAAUAUAGCAAAGUGCCAUGUUCUUAUCGCUGAACCUGACCAAUCUCUUCUUCACCUACACAACUAGAUGAACACCUCAAAGCAUUCUGCAGGUCUUUUGAGUCCCAAGUGCACCACACAAAGAACAAUAGAUCAUUUAGAAAUGACUGACCCAGGACUGCUGGGCAGAUUCUGAAUAGGUGGUGGUGUUUGCAUAUUUAUCUCUUUGAUGCAGUUUUACUCAGAUCGUUUUAGUUUACUACAACUAAUGAAUGUGUUGUUACACAUUUGUUUUUGGUUUUCACAUCUGGGAGGAGUGAUCUCUCUAUUUUUGUGUUAUGUUUCCUAUAACCUACCAGUUGUCAAACUAUUAUAGAGAUGUCAUAAAUAAUGGUCUUUAAAAAAAAAAAAAAAAAAUAUGACCUCAAUGGGGCUAGAUGCCAAUGUAUUUUCACUGUAUGUAUCAAUACGAUUUGCAGGUCAAUAAUACCUCACAUGGUAUGUAUCAAUGAGGUAAAAGGGUUAGUGAUACCUCAAUAUCUUUAUGUAAAAAAAAAAGAAAAAACACAAGAAAAAAACAAACACACAGAUAUAAGUUUUAAAUGUGAGUGUAAUAUUACUUUGACAUACCUCUUUUGCCUUUUACAGUUACAAGAAAUCUGUGUUGUAGAAAAAAAACAAAAAACAGGUAAUGGGUAUAGGAGACUGGAUUGAGAUGAAAUAUGUAUUCUGACUUUUUUAUUAAGUAAUCAAUAAGAAUAGAUCUAGAAUUCAAGUUUCAGCAAAAUAAGAGAAGAUAUACAUAUAAGAACACUUAAAAGUUGUACCUCGGGUUAUAAAAAGCAGACUUCCUAAAGCAAAAGCUGGGAAAAAAUAGUCAAGUUAACCAACUUUUACAUAUCACUUUGAACUUGUUUUUAUAUGUGCUCAUUUAUAUACAAUGAACACAAGUUGCAAACAUGACUCUCUUUAAUACAUCUGGACUAAGUUCAUCAUUAAUCAAGGAGCACCAUUAUUUUAUGUCUCUCUAGAGCUUAAGGUUUUUUGUUGUUUUUUAUUAGCCUAAAUGUUAUUUUAUAUAAUUUUAUAGAGUUAGAAAAAAAAAAAUAAUAAUACAUGUUUAUAACCAUUUAUAUAUCUGAACACAGUACCACUAAUUUGUACACACCAAUCUGCCACCGGCAAGCAGAGCACACAAAACCAAACUGUCCUGCGUGGCUUCUAUUUUGCCAGUCACCAUGUUACAUUUGUAUCUAAACAGUGAAAGGGAAGAGGCAGAGUGUGAAGUUACUUUGUGUCACUGAAGAAUAGACAAGCAGGUGACCUUCAGUAAUCUGCUGCAAUGACUGGGUCACUACUUUUUUUUUUUUUUUUUUAAGUGAAAGAGGUCAGCCAGUACUGUGUGACCAAGAGACAGGUGGAUGACAGCACAUUACUAUAGCUUGGUGGAGAAGCUCUGGCGUGGGAAUGAAGGGUGCCAUAGAAAGAGUCCAAACUCUGUUGGUACCUGGAUAGUGUCACGUCACUGCCAGGCUCUGCCCAGAUAUGGUUCAGAUGCCAAUAUCCAACUAAGGGAACUCUCUCUUUUUAUACUCCAAUUUCUCAGUUGUUAUACAGCAAACAAUCCAAACUGUGCUUUAAAGGUGAUCUAAUAAAUAUCAGAAUUAGUAAAUGUUUUAACUUUACUUUAAUAAAAUCAUGAAAUGAAA